CAUCUCCUUCCCCACUCUCCAACUCACUACAACAAUGGAUUACAAUCAUCAUGCUCUCCUCCUCUCCCUAUUUCUCUUCCUAUCCUACACGGUCGCGUCCACCGCUGACGGCGGCGAUUCACUGAUCCGACAAGUCGUACCUAGGGCCGGUGAGGAGGAUGACGACGCGCUCCUCCACGCCGAGCGUCACUUCUCAAGCUUCAAAGCCACGUUCGGAAAGAGCUACGCGAGCCAGGAGGAGCACGACUACAGGCUCGGCGUCUUCAAGGCCAAUCUCCGCCGGGCCAAGAGGCACCAGGGGCUGGACCCCACCGCCGUCCAUGGGGUUACGAAGUUCUCUGAUCUCACUCCCAAGGAGUUUCGCCGGAAUUUUCUCGGGCUCAAGAAGCGUCUCCGGCUGCCGGCCGACGCUAACAAGGCGCCGAUUCUUCCGACGAAUGAUCUUCCCGCCGACUUUGACUGGCGCGAGAAAGGUGCCGUUACUCCGGUGAAGGACCAGGGUGCGUGUGGAUCAUGCUGGUCGUUUAGUGCGACGGGAGCACUGGAAGGAGCUCAUUUUUUGACAACAGGGGAGCUCGUGAGUCUCAGUGAGCAGCAGCUUGUGGACUGUGAUCAUGAGUGUGAUCCAGAAGAAUAUGGUUCGUGUGACUCAGGCUGUAGUGGUGGACUAAUGACCAAUGCCUUUGAAUACGCACUCAAGGCUGGGGGUUUGGAGCAAGAGAAGGACUACCCUUACACUGGCACCGAUCGCGGUACCUGCAAAUUUGACAAGAGCAAAGUUGUUGCUACUGUCUCCAACUUCAGCGUUGUUUCCCUCGACGAAGAUCAAAUUGCUGCAAAUUUGGUACACAAUGGUCCUCUUGCAAUUGGCAUCAAUGCAGUGUUCAUGCAAACAUACAUAGGUGGAGUCUCAUGCCCUUACAUUUGUGGAAAACGUCUGGAUCACGGGGUGCUUCUGGUCGGUUACGGCUCCUCUGGAUAUGCUCCGAUUCGAUUCAAGGAGAAGCCUUACUGGAUCAUAAAGAAUUCAUGGGGACAGACCUGGGGAGAGGAAGGGUAUUACAAGAUAUGCAGGGGUCAUAAUACUUGUGGGGUUGAUAGCAUGGUCUCUACCGUUGCUGCUAUGCACACAUGAAACCAGAACCAUUAGGAAAUCAAGGAGUUUAUUUACUGUAUUAGACUUGUGGGGCGUUUGUACAUUAUCUUAUGAUCACCUAGACGAUAAUUUCAAAAGGAUUUGUAAUAAAGUCUGGUUAUCUGAUGUUGAACUUGUAUAGUAAGACUCUUUGUUAUGCUAUUUUUUAUGCUAGGGUUUGAUGUUUAGCGCGUA